CCAAGUGAACAACUCCGAUUACGCUCGUCAUACGGGAAAGCUCGCACAAUCUCCGAAAUGGGGAAUCUCAGGGCUCCAUUUAGGGGUAUUGUGGAUGAUAUCAGAGGAAGAGCAGCCUGUUAUAAGCAAGAUUGGGUUGAUGGUCGACUUUCAGGAAUCGGAAUUUUGGCCCCGACUGCCUACAUUUUUUUCGCUUCUGCACUUCCUGUCAUUGCUUUCGGUGAGCAACUUAGCCGAGAUACAGAUGGAAGCUUGAGCACGGUAGAAACUUUGGCUUCCACAGCCAUUUGUGGCAUCCUUCAUUCAAUUCUUGGUGGGCAACCUCUCCUAGUUGUAGGGGUUGCAGAACCUACAAUUAUUAUGUAUACAUAUUUGUACAAUUUUUGCAAGGAUAGGAAAGACAUAGGGAGAGACCUCUUCUUGGCUUGGGCAGGAUGGGUUUGUGUCUGGACAGCCCUCUUGCUAUUCCUACUUGCCAUAUUCAAUGCGUCCCGUCUAAUCAACAGAUUUACAAGGAUUGCAGGGGAACUUUUUGGCAUGUUGAUCUCUGUUUUGUUCAUUCAAGAAGCUAUUAAGGGAGUGGUGAGCGAAUUUAAAGUUCCAAAGGCCGAGAAUCCAAGUUUAGAGCAGUAUCAAUUUCAUUGGCUUUACACGAAUGGAUUACUGGGAAUCAUAUUUACUUUUGGCCUUCUCUAUACUGCUUUGAAGAGCAGAAAAGCAAGAUCAUGGUUGUAUGGCACAGGCUGGCUAAGGACUUUCAUUGCAGACUAUGGAGUACCUCUAAUGGUUCUAGUAUGGACUGCACUAUCGUUUAGUGUACCAAGCAAAGUUCCCUCUGGAGUUCCUAGAAGAUUCCAUAGUCCUCUGGCAUGGCAAUCUACUUCCCUGCACCAUUGGACCGUUGUAAAGGACAUGGGGAAGAUACCUCCUGUAUACAUUUUUGCUGCCUUUAUUCCUGCUGUGAUGAUUGCGGGACUUUAUUUUUUUGAUCAUAGCGUUGCUUCCCAGAUGGCACAACAAAAGGAGUUUAAUCUCAAGAACCCUUCCGCAUACCACUAUGACAUUUUGUUACUGGGAUUUAUGACUUUGCUUUGUGGGUUAAUCGGGCUUCCUCCUUCAAAUGGGGUCUUGCCACAGUCCCCUAUGCACACCAAGUGCCUUGCAACACUCAGGAGGCGUUUGAUACGAAGGAAGAUGGUGGAAAGUGCAAAGGAAAGCAUAAAAAUGAAAGCUAGCGAUUCUGAAAUCUACGGCCAAAUGCAAGCUGUGUUCUUAGAAAUGGACAGCAGCCCAGUUACGACAUCAGUAGUUAAAGAGCUGGAAGAUUUGAAGGAGGCUGUCAUGAAAGGAGAAAGUAAGCAUGACAACGCAAAGGAUAUGUUUGAUCCGGAGAAGCAUAUUGACGCUUAUCUUCCUGUCCGAGUAAACGAGCAAAGAUUGAGCAAUCUGCUGCAAUCACUUCUAGUGGCAGCAUCAGUCUUUGCUUUACCAGCAAUAAAGAAAAUACCAACGUCAGUUCUCUGGGGAUACUUUGCGUACAUGGCCAUUGACAGUCUGCCCGGAAACCAAUUCUGGGAAAGGAUUUUACUUCUCUUCAUAAUGCCGAGUCGACGGUACAAGGUCCUAGAAGGCUUUCAUGCUUCCUUUUUGGAGUCUGUGCCAUUCAAAUACAUAGCCGCAUUCACUCUAUUUCAAUUUGUAUACUUCCUCAUUUGUUUUGGAGUGACAUGGAUCCCCAUAGCUGGAGUCUUGUUUCCUUUGCCUUUCUUCCUUCUCAUCAGCAUAAGACAUCACAUCCUUCCCAAGCUACUCCAACCUCAUCAUUUGCAGGAGCUUGAUGCAGCUGAGUACGAAGAAAUAACCGGUACCCCGGUACUCUCGCUUAGCCUCUCUCUCAAGGAAAAGGAUACCAUUCAAAUAGAUAAUGACGAAGAUGAAGUUGAAAUAUGUGAUGCUGAAAUACUAGAUGAGUUGACGACCAAUAGAGGGGAGUUGAAGGUUAGAAGUAUAAGCUUAAGCGACGAUAGACAUGGCCAGGUUUACCCUCAGCAAGGCGUUGGCAAAUUUUAAAAGUUUAGAUUGACCAAACAGUGAUACAAAGAUCAUGAAUGUAUGUAUGUAUCCCCUUGUGAUGGUCUUGGAAAAUAAAUGUGAAGUUGCAAAGAGUAGUAGCAGCUUAUAGGAAGUUCCAUCUGAAUUUUGAUGGGUAAUACAAGAAAUCUAGUGGUUAGGACUCAAAAAGGGUCAAAUUUUAGUGGUUAGGGCUCAGAAAAAGAAUAUAUAUGUAUGUUGGAUAUAGGUCAUCCCAAGUUUUUUAUUUUUUUUUAGCACAACCGUUCAGGGUAGAGAUUUUAAUUCACGAUUGGUUAGCCAAAUAGAUACCUUAACUUAUUGAGCUAUACAAAAGUUGAUAAGGUUGAACGAGUCAAGUGUUUAAUUUCACCUUGCUUAAAUAUUUUCCUCGACCUUUGUUUGUGACCUGUGAGCUUUGAAUGUUGGUCAAAUAGAAAUAAAAUAUAUAUAAUUAUUGGUCUAU